AUGGCGGCGACGGUGCCGCCAGCAAACGAUGAAUCGGGCAAAUUCGACCCACCCAUAGAUCCAGCCGACAGUGAUCUCGACGCUGAGGGAGAAGAGGAAACAGACUUGUAUGCGAUGGAUCAACAGCUGCAGAAUGCUGUUCACCGAGCAUAUACUGGCGAAGCUGAUGGGGAUGGCCUGGACGAUGCUGCGAACGAGAAGAGAACGCGAAACCACGUCCUGAAUGGUGACGACGACGUCGAGGAAGGCUAUAACGAUGACACGGAACCUGUUGGGGCAGUGAAGCUUCCUGAUGGAGAGGCGGUUUCAGACGAAGAGUAUGCGGAGUCUGAAGCUGGCGAUGCGGACCCGGUAUUCAAGCAAAGUAACCGUAAUGCCUCGGAUGUCGAGUCAACAGAUCAUGAGUCGGAAGCAGAAGACUGGGAGGCAGAGAGUAACGAUCGUGAGGACGUUGAGACUGACAAUCGAAGUCGCGCGAACUGUUUGUUUUGUACACAAGAUGAGGAGCAUGACCCGAGUGAAGAUUUCGAGGAGUGGCUCACCUGCCUAGUUUGCGGCGAUCAUUCUCAUCGUCAAUGCGCACGUGAGCAAGAAGCUUUCAACGAUUCUGAAGGCCCUUGGAGGUGUCCCAGUUGUGUCAGUAACAACUUGCAACCUGACCCUAUAGAGACCGUCACAGAAGCCAAAAGCGGAGCUCCAAAUCUCCCCAAAGAACUCUUGCCCGCACACUCUGGCACGCACGAUAAAGAAUUCCAUACCAUUUUCGACACAAGUGUCAACGACGAGAUGCUCAACAGCUCACGAUCGCUCCGCAAGCGCAAGGCCUCCUCCAUUGAGGCUGAGGAGCACGUGCCCACUCUCCGCAAGCGACUCCGACGGACCUCUUUUCACUCCGGACUUCCGGACUUGAGCGACGCGGCCCUUGAGGGCGGGGAGGCAACUGCUGCUGGCGAUGCUGCCUCCCCUGCCCGGACACGCUCAAUACGCGUCCGACGAACUCGGGCCGUUGACCGAAAUCACUGCCGUGUGGUACUCCAACAGCAUGGGAAAUUGAUCCUUGGUUUCCGACUCGAUGAAAACAAAAUGGCCAAAAUCACGGGUGCUCAAAUCCGCUCUCAACGCAAGAAGAAGAAAGCGCCCAAACCCCCUCCCGUGGCGCAAGAGCCCCAGGCACAUUUCGUCCCCCUUCCUCCUGUAUCUUACAACUCCAUCACUCUUUUUGACCGCGAGACCGAUGAUGCCAAGUCCAAACCAUAUGGAGGUAUCUUAUCGGAGGUUGAACAAGACACCUCGAAGACAUUUCCCACCCAAUUUGACCGUGAUCGCUUUGAGCAGGCUCGCCUCAGGGCUGAGGAAGAAUGGCAGCAGAAGGUGAGAGAGUCGGAGCUCAACGGCGAAGCCACUGCACAUGCAUCACAAAAAGUCUCGGGUCCACCCUCGAAGAUCAAGUCAAUCAACUUUGGUGGGUAUGAAAUUGAGACCUGGUAUGCUGCACCUUACCCGGAGGAAUACAGUCGCAACCGAGUUCUGUACAUCUGUGAGUUCUGCCUCAAGUACAUGAAUUCGGACUAUGUCGCCUGGCGCCACAAGCUCAAGUGCCCUGCCAAACAUCCUCCCGGUGAUGAAAUUUACCGCGAUAAAUCGAUUUCCAUCUUUGAGGUUGAUGGGCGAAAAAAUCCCGUUUAUUGUCAAAACCUCUGUCUUCUUGCGAAACUUUUCCUUGGCUCCAAAACCCUUUACUACGAUGUCGAGCCCUUCCUCUUCUAUGUCAUGACUGAAUUUGAUGACUUAGGCUGUCACUUUGUCGGAUAUUUCAGCAAAGAAAAACGACCAAGCUCAGCGAACAAUGUCUCAUGUAUUCUCACUCUUCCCAUCCAUCAGCGCAAAGGCUACGGAAACCUUCUCAUCGAUUUUUCAUAUCUUCUCACUCGCAUCGAAGGCAAAAAUGGGUCUCCUGAGAAGCCGCUUUCUGAUAUGGGUCUGGUGUCAUAUCGGAACUACUGGCGACUCAUCUUGUCCUACCAACUUCGUGACCUGACUGGCGUGGUCAGCAUCGCAGAUCUCUCUGAUCGCACUGGAAUGACAGCAGAUGAUGUUGUCUCUGCCCUCGAGGGACUUCGAGCUCUGGUUCGGGAUCCCAUCACCAAGACGUACGCAAUUCGUCUCGACCACAAGUACUACGACGAGGUGAUCAGUGGCUGGGAAAACAAGGGCUACGUUCAGCUCAACCCAGAUGCACUUCUUUGGACGCCUUACAUUAUGGGCCGCAGCAAUCAAACACAUUUCGACCGUGCUCCUCUGCAUGCUGUCGCUCCUCGUGAUGAUGCUGAUGAAGACGAUGAUGAGUUGGGAGGAAAAGCGAUCGACGCGACUAAUGCCCGGUUAUUGAAUGGCACAGUCGCAAAUGCCUUUGCGGAUUCUGCUGGUCCGCCUUCCACCACAGCCCUCCAGCCUAAUGGCUCUCACCAUUCUUCGACAGGCAACUCUGAGCCUCCUGCUUUGCCCAACCCUGCAGCGGGAAUACCCCCCUCUCGUUUUGAACUUUGGCCCCCUGUACCUGCCGCGGCGCCUCCCAAGCGCAAACCUGGCCGACCAUCCGGCAGCUUCAAACUCAACAACACGUCAAUGACCCCCACGGUUCCCCGCCAAAGUGGUCGCGGCACCCCACGAAGACCUUCCGCCUUGGCAGCACUCACCCCUGGUGGGAGCGUUCGGCGGGGGCGCAGCUCCAUUCUCACUGAAUCACCUGCAGCCGAAGCAAUACCAACCCAACCCAAUGGAGUCGAAUCAAAACAAGACGAGGUUGUCGAAGAAGAAGGUGUGGUUGACGAAAUUGCCGAGGACAACAGUCCUGCUCUUGAUGAAACAACACAGAUGAACGGCAAAGACCCAAUCACUACAAGCAGCGAUAUCGUCCCGGAAGGACCUGUCGAGACUAAUGGUGCUGAUGCCGCCAAUGCUGAACUGGAGCCUUCUGAACCGAAGGCGCCCAAAACCCCUGAGAAAAAAACUAAGAAGCCUUCACGGUCCCCAGAUACGGCACUCUCCCGUCGAACCAACGACAAUGUGAGGACGCCCCGGUCGGUCACUCGCAAGGCCUUGGUCGAAAAAGUUCAUGUUGUCAUCCCUGCCGAGACGAGUUCUGCCUCCAAGUCGCCAGGUGAUGCAGGCAAGACUAUCCCUGCUACAAAUGGCAUUGAUAUGGACGAAGAUGCAGAUGCCGACGCCGACGCCGAAUAUGACGCCGAAUAUGAAGUUGACGGGGAUGUCGCAAUGCAAACAUGA